AUGGAAACUACCUUGAAUUUCAGCACAUAUGGCAAUGUUUCAAAUAAUUGCUUAACCUUUGAUUGGAGUCAAAUUUCGAAUUUGACUGCAACUUAUACCACUUACAUUGAUUCUAAUACAAAUCAAACAUAUUUUGCACAGAUCGGUGCAUUAACUGUUUUGGGCAAUAUCGAUAAUUAUAGAUUGAAUUAUGAAUGUCCACCAGUUGGAUACAAUGGUGUUGGUCCCGGUUGUCAAACUCAACCAAAUACUCAACUGGUUGUAUUACAUGUUAAUGCUUUAGAUCGUAAACUAUAUGCCAUAGAUAUUAUUCUGUCUGGUACUCCUUUUCCUGAACCAGGAACUUUGAAGGAUAAUCAACCACCUUUUGGUAAAGCUCGUCAUCAGUUCACUACAGGAAUACUACUACAAUCUAAUGGUUAUUUUAAAGUCUGCAAAGAUAAGAAUAGUAAUCAAUGUCCAAAUAAGAAUCUUGAUGCUCACAAAUUACCUAAUCCAUUACCAAGUAAUUAUGGAUAUGGUAUCUUUGGUAUUCAAGCAUUCGACCUUGUUACUAAUUCGACAUGGAUAAUGGAUGAUUCGAAUCAAUUACUUAUUGUUACAGCAGGUACUAAUUAUUAUUAUUUCAAUGCAACUGGAUUCUUCUUCUAUGAUUCGACUGAAAAAACAUGUACAUGGUCAAACUCUUGUAAUUAUGUGUGCGAAGUGUAUAAUUACAAUUCUCGAUUCUUAGAUUUUGGUGGUGAAUGGAUAAUCACAAAGAAAUGGGGCAUUCAAAACAUGCAGCCACGAACCGUAGAAACUUGGAUUGGACAUGCUAUUGAUGCUGCUGGCAUCUUUCCCAUUAUCAUGUAUACUGAUAAGAAAACUGGUCAUUACUUAGGAUUAGACAAACUUGAUCCAGAGCCAAUGCAGAAAAUGGGCGCCACAUAUUGGUAUACUGAUCAUGGUGACACAAUGGCAAGAACUAGCAUUGAAUCCUUUCAUCCGACUGUUGUAGAAGCUGAAUGUAUUAAAGCUAUAACUGAAUGGAUGGGUGAUAAGACGAACGCUGGUAUUGGUUUACGAUUUGACUAUGUCCGAAUCAUGGUCGCCAUUAUUGCUUUUAAAUAUCUUUCAAAUAUGGCUGAAAUGCUUUUAUAA